CUAAUCUUUCAUUCAAAGAUGAAACAUGGGGUAUACAAAAGCAUUCCAAUCUCCACACACAAGAUCAACCGUAACACAUUUGAUCCAGGGAUACACAAAGGCAUUACAAUCUUAAAACCUAAAAUUAACCUUCAACAUGCGACCCAAUCUUCGUUCUCAUCAAUUCUAGAAUCUGGCACUCUAGCCGAUCACCUCGGAAACGGGAGACUAAUGGAUCUAAUCGAUAAGAGAGAGAGAAGAGACUCAAAAAUCACACAAGCAGAGAGCCUUAUGAGGCCAAAAAGUUGUUCAGAAACCAGAGUACUUUCAAAGGCUUCUUUCUCUCUCAAAGUGAACAGACCAAUGGGUGGAUCAAUGAGACACACAGACCCUAACUCUAUUCCGGCCAGUUUCCGAUACCUGGCCCCCUUUCGAUCGAUGCAAGAACCCUUAAUUUCUCGUCAAGAAAUUGGUCAGACGAUUCAGAUGGAAGCAGGAGCAUCGAUCUCAGCAGUAAGUCAUCCACUUCUGCUCCGGCAUCUAGAUUGGCCAGAAAAAAGCCCGGUAACAAGAUUCUUGACAGAUUUUGGCAAGAAGGGCCAUGUCACCAGGCCGAGGUGGGCACAUGGGCCUGAGGCCACCGAGCCCACCAAGCCCUGUUAAGACUAAGGGGGUAACUGGUUUCUUGAACAUGGGCUUGGAGUUAUUGAAGGGGAGGAGAAGUAGUUUGGGGAAUGGCAAUGGUAAGGGUGGUGGGGUUAUGUUGAUAAUGGAUGAGGCAGGCCAAGACUUGAGGGUUUUGAACAACAGGUUGCUUCAAUCGAGAUUUUUGAAUGCCAAGGCCCAGUUUUUGGUAGAGAAAAAGGCCAUAUUUGCCCAGGUAACUUUUCCUUACUUUUUCCAUUUCAGAGAGAGAGAGAGAGAGAGAGAGAGAGAGAAAUUGGUUUUAUUAAUCCAUCCACUGGAGGCCCAUCUCUGCCUUCCAUUAAUAAAUGAUGAGGGACGAUUAAUUUUUAUAAACGCUUGGGGAAGUGUUUCAAAGCUUCAAGAAUCCGUAUCACAUAAGCCUUUCCAAUUUCAUAAGGACAAGCUUGACCACAAGCUCAACUAUGUACUCGGAUCACCGGCAAAGGCGUUCAAAGCAUGGGAUGGCAUUCAGAGAGAGCAUACUGUAGCGGUUUCCAAGACCAAGGAUUGCUUGAACACAGUUGUUGUGUCCAGAGUCCCUUUGGUUGAUGGGGCCAAGAGCCAAGCAGUCUCACAAGCACUUCGACAAGCUGCCGAUGUUGCAAAUUCCAUCAAGACAAUCAUAUAUCUUCUUACUACCAUGGCCCAGAGGAUGGCUUCUCUACUUCUAGAGCUUGCAAGGGUAGUGACAAAAGAGAUGGUUCUUUUAGAGGAGACUUUUGAAUUGCUAGGUGUUGUUGCCAAUUUAGAGCUUGAAGAGAGAAGCCUUAGGUGCCACAUUAUUCAACUGAGGACUCAGCAACACAAAGAUGAGCUACCAAGUAGAAUCGUGCAUGCUUGAAGCCUAGGGAGAUGAAGGCCGCAUAUAUACUAUUUAUCUUCUUGUCCUU